GUAGGUGCAUGGAAUUAGCUGCUGUGGGAGGUUGGUGAGGCAAAUAUUAUCUUGGUGCUUUUGUUCUGGGUGUCCGUUCUGCAAACAUUAAAUAGUGGAGGUAACGGCUUAAACCCUCCACCCCAAUUGUCCUGGAAUAGAGUCCACUCCACGGGAACUUGAUGAUGGUGAGGUACAAUUUCACAUUGAGGAAUCCAUACAAAUACUUUAGCUGUAAAAGGAAGUUUGAGGUUCCUAUUUCCUGUAAAAUGCAUUUGUAGUAAGUCCCCUUCUUAGAGUGAUUGUGUUCAACAGCUUUGAAGCAACAAAGCCACUGAAUUAAGUUGGUGCUAUGUUUCCAGGAUACGAUCAGUGUGCCUCUAAACUCUAAAGGAUCGGUCUGAAAUGUCCCUAUUCAUUAUGGCAAAGAAGGGGCUUGCUUUAAUCUUCAGUGAAAGAAAAGCUAAUAACUAUAUCAAGUCCAGCUCUUGCAAUGCUUUCCCCUUGUUGCAAGAUGUAUCAAUGUACAAUGUGCAUGGAUGUAUUUUUACAAGGUGCAAGCUGUAACUUGCCAGUACCUUUUAAUAAAAACUUGACUAACCAGUAGCUCUAAAUAAGUACGUUGCCUCCAAUGGAAGUAAACCUCUGGUAGAAAAUAAACAAGCAACUGGUGUUAACUGGUGUUAACUUGCUGUUAACUGGCUUUCUCAAGUCAGCAGGUAUAAGCCAGGGAUAAACCAGGCAGUUUUCCAGCACCAGGUGCUGUGCACUGGAGCUGAGCCGUACACAAUGUAGCUCUGUAUAGCGUGAGAUAGAGUGGGGGAAGGCUGGACUGCAUGCUUGACAUGAAACGGCAGGAGACAUUUGAAAGGUCAGCGCGGUGUACCUCCGCUGAGGCAGGACGGCGCAUCGGGAGUCAUACAGGGAGCUGUCGCCAGGGAGCUGCUCAAUCGGACUGCACCGAGGAGCACUUUGAAGAUUAUGGAGAAAGCAACGAGAAUGACUUUGCAUCAAGCAGUUUCUGUCAGGAUGGAAGCAUAAGCAUCAAUGGCCACUUAAAUCGCUCGGCAUUGCUUUGUCCCAGUGAUCAUUUUACUUCAACUUUACAAAGUAUCAUUGGGGAAGAGAUGCUGGAGUUUUACUGCACUCAGUGUCAUAAACAAAUCAAUCGCCUGGAAGAUCUGUCUGCUCGAAUCAGCUGUCUUGAAAUGAAUAGCCCCAUCAUGAGACUGGGCAGCAAGAAGGUGGCUCGGCAUCUCCAGCAGAACAGCACAGCCAGCAGUGACAGCAUGGAGGACCUGUCCACCAGCACCUUCGACCAGCUACCCGCCGACCUCUCGGACCAGGUGAUAUUCCUGGAGAAACGAGUGACGGAGCUGGAACAGGAGAACACAGCCAACGGAGAGGUGCACGGCCGCCUGAAACAAGAGAACCUGCAACUGGUGCAUAGGGCCAAUGCUUUGGAAGAGCAGCUAAAAGAGCAGGAGAACAAGUCUGAGGAGAUGUUACUGGAGGAAAUCAAGAAGCAGAAAGAUGUUCUGAGCAAGGUGGAGAGGGAGCAAGUGAUCGAGAUGGAGAAUCUACACACCAGGUUGCAACAGCUGGACGAGGAGAACAGCGAGCUGCGGGCUUGCAUUCCCUGCCUGCGGGCCAACACGGAGCGGCUGGAGGAGGAGAAGCGGAAGCUGUUGGAUGAAAUGGAUGAUCUGAUGCAGAAGCUGAAGGAGGAGCAGGAGAACAACCAGAAGCUGUCGGAUAAACUCUGGCACAAGAAAUACCAAUUCCAGAAGGAGAAGGAAACCACUCAAGAGCUCAUCGAAGAUCUGCGCAAGCAACUGGAGCAGCUACAGCUCUUCAAGCUGGAGGCGGAGAGGCUGCGGGGCCGAUCCAGCAGCAUCGGGCUGCAGGAGUACAACAGCCGCAACCGCGAGGCUGAGCUAGAGCAUGAGAUCAAACGCCUCAAGCAGGACAACCGAAAUCUGAAGGAGCAAAACGAUGAGCUGAACGGGCAGAUUAUCAACCUGAGCAUCCAGGGGGCAAAGAGCCUUUACACCACGUCCAUCUCGGAGUCCCUGGCUGCGGAAAUCAGCUCAGUGUCCAGGGAUGAACUUAUGGAUGCAAUUCAGAAGCAGGAAGAGAUAAACUACAGGCUACAGGACUACAUUGACCGGAUUGUUGUUGCAAUCAUGGAGACGAAUCCUGCAAUUUUAGAGAUCAAACAAGCGGAGGAGGCCCAUUCCUAGCCUCCCGGGACCAGUGUACAAACAGUAGCUCUUCUGUCACUUGUGUGUAAAUGGUCAGGCAAUUUGGCUGCAGAAUUCUGUCCUAACUCUUGAACCACGGACCUGUGUAAACCCACACAGCAUUCACUUUGUCUUCCUGUCCGUGUGCCAAGGUACGACAGGCAGUUGGUAAUUUCUUGCAGGUUUUCUGUUUUCCGUUUCCAGUCGCUCUUGUGUGAGGAUCGCAGAAUGGUCGUCAUGUCUCCCCAGGACCAAAAUACCCAGCUAAUGGCCGGUAACAGUAAAUCGUGUCACUAAAAUGCAGUGAACCAAGUCAACACAUUGAUGAUAAUGGGGUGCGGGGCAGUGGGGAGCAGCCUGCAUAAGGCCGGACUCAGAGUUCAUGUCAGUGGGAACCUAAAUAAUGCUGCACCCACUCUGAGCUCUACUGCGGGACUCCAUUCUACAAGGAGCAGCUAGUCGGCUUCUCUGCAGGGUUGGCUGGGGGGGUGGGGAAUCCAGAUUUAUGUCCUCAAAUCCAGCCUUCCUCCGGUCUAUAACCCAACUCAAUGGUCACACCUUGAACCUGGGAUCUGACUCCAGCCUUUGUUUAGGGUCAUGAACCUACUCAUUGCCCCUCUAGGAAUGUCUUCCUGCCCUUUUACUCCAUGCUCGACAAGUUUUCUUUCAGUUGUGCAAUGAUGUUGCCUGGCAUUUGCAAGAAGUCUGAUCAACACUCUGCUGCAGGACUUGGCCGGUGUACUGGCCUGACUCGUGUCUUGUCAGGCUUGUGGUUAUCUGCCUGCUGCAAGGACUGACUGUAUUGCGCACACCCCAGGUCUGCCACAACAGGCCGUUGAUGUGAAGAGACUUGAUGUCCUAAUCCAGGGACUGCAUCACAAACCACAUUCCCUUGAUCAGUGUGCACGAGUUCUGUACUAGUUGUGCAUUUUUCCCCACAAAUCACUACACGCCAAUUGCACUCCAAUUGCACUCCAAGUACCAGUAGCACCAGAAACACUGAUGGCUUUGUACAACAUUUGACAAUGACACUUAUAACUGACACCAGGUGUGUACACACCUGAUCGCUAUUCUUGCCUCACCAUUGUUGCACUGAUCGUUGUUUGACAUGGCUGUCCGGUGAUGCUCGCUGACAUAGUCCUUGUUUCUGUACACUCUCCUAGUUCACCCACUCAUCGCAUCUGAGGUCGGUGCAAAUCAGCCCAGGUGCCCAGUGACACUACAAUAUUUAUUGAGUAUUUAUUUACUCCAUUUUUUCCUAAAAUAAAUCACCUGAGCACUUUUAACACCCAAUAGCUGAGAGCAUGCCUACUUGCUGGUUAAAAAUGAAUGCAGGAGUUGAGAUCUAUAUAUUCAACAAGAGGUGGGAGAGUUGCAGUCAGUAGUUGCCACUGGUAUUGUGUGUGUUUAAUCCACAAGACUGCCCAGCUCGGUAAUACCGACUCCUCUCCCUUUGCAGCAUUGUGGUAAGCUGCUGUUCAGGACCCUUCCUCAUCUCAGUCUUGGUGGUUGCCUAGAGGAAAAUUGUUGAGAGAUUGCAAAGAAUGCCCAUUCCUUGGCUAGCCCAGAUAACUGGUGCCUUGCAUCCAUGUGGAUGAGGGAACGGAUUGCAGAUUGUGGCUCCCUCGUUCAGCAACAAUGGCUGCUAGUGCUGGAGUAUUGUUUUUCAGUCCAAGUUUUCUUUAACCUUGUGCAAAGAUGUUCUGUUACAUGGCGAGGCCUUGGGUGCUUCAGCUCUGAGUUCUCCCAGUACCUCUUGUAUCUGAUGCAAGGCAUUGCUGUCUGCUUGUAAACUUUGCUGCAUUGUCUCUUGUGUAAAUCAAUGUAUAUUUUGAAUUUUCUAUCCUUUACAGUAGAAAGUUAUUUUUUAUAGAAUGAAGGCAGAUUUGUACUGGAGUCUGAUAACCAGUGCAUUCAGUGGAAUCACUUGAGAGCUUCUCAAUUUUGUAAAGUCAAUAGAUUGUGUCUGUAUAUAGUAAGAAACUGAGAAGGAAGCAGGUUCAAUGUUGAUUUCUUUAUGGAGAAUGCAUUAACUCGCACUUGCUACCAUGAAGAAGAUGAUACUGUCACAAUGUAUAAAAUGUCUUAAAUGCAAAUAGUCUUAUCAAUGUACUGUCCUGACAAUUGAAAACCAAUGUGAGAUUUAGCUCAAACUGUUUUUAAAGAAAAUUCUGAUACUGGUUUGUGUACUGUUUCAUCACCAGAGCUAAUCUAAGCAUCAAUACUUGCUGUUUAUACAGAAGCUGCCUGACGACCAGGGAAUUAACAUUGCAUUGAUCAUCCAUGGUAAUUGUGAUUGUACAGAAAUACAAGGUUUGCACAUCUGUAUAGACUGGCUUUUUUGGUGCAGGGAUAUGGAAUGAAUGGUGAUGUGGCUACUGUAAGCAUCCAGACACUGACUAAUUAAAAUCGACAGCAAUAA